CACUUCCCUGGGCAGGGAAUGUCUAUGUCAGGCAAGAAUUAAGAGACAAGCGGUCAGUCAGCAGAGCCUCGGUGCUGGUGCGCGUCUUCGUCUGGGAGCCUGGGAGCCUGGGAGCAAGAAGAUGUCGAAUGAACUUGACUUCAGGUCUGUGCGACUGCUGAAGAACGACCCAGUCAACUUCCAGAAGUUCCCUUACACGAGUGAGGAUGAGGCCUGGAAGACCUACCUGGAAAACCCACUGACAGCCGCCACGAAGGCCAUGAUGAGAGUCAAUGGGGAUGAUGACAGCGUUGCGGCCCUGAGCUUCCUCUAUGACUACUACAUGGGCCCCAAGGAGAAGCGGAUCCUGUCCUCUAGCACUGGGGGCCGGAACGACCAAGGAAAGAGGUACUACCAUGGCAUGGAAUAUGAGAUGGACCUCGCUCCCCUUGAAAGCCCCACGCAUCUCAUGAAAUUCCUGACAGAGAAUGUGUCUGGAACCACAGAGUACCCAGAUGUGCUCAAGAAGAAUAACCUGAUGAGCUUGGAGGGGGCCGUGCCCACUCCGGGCAAGGCAGCUCCCCUCCCCGCUGGCCCCAGCAAGUUGGAAGCUGGCUCUGUGGACAGCUACCUGCUGCCCACCAGUGAUAUGUACGAUAACAGCUCCCUCAACUCCUUGUUUGAGAGCAUUCCUGGGGUGCCAUCCACACAGCGCUGGCAGCCUGACAGCACCUUCAAAGAUGACCCACAGGAGUCGCUGCUCUUCCCAGAUAUCCUGAAAACGUCCCCAGAACCCCCGUGUCCAGAGGACUAUCCCAGCCCCAAGAGUGACUUUGAAUAUACCCUGGGCUCCCCUAAAGCCAUCCACAUCAAGUCAGGGGAGUCGCCGAUGGCCUACCUCAACAAGGGCCAGUUCUACCCCAUCACACUGCGGACCCCGGCAGGCGGCAAGGGCCUUGCCUUGUCCUCCAACAAAGUCAAGAGUGUGGUGAUGGUGGUCUUCGACAACGAGAAGGUGCCCGUGGAGCAGCUGCGUUUCUGGAAGCACUGGCAUUCCCGGCAACCCACUGCCAAGCAGCGUGUCAUCGACGUAGCUGACUGCAAAGAAAACUUCAACACCGUGCAGCACAUUGAGGAGGUAGCCUACAAUGCCCUGUCCUUCGUGUGGAAUGUCAACGAGGAGGCCAAGGUGUUCAUUGGUGUCAACUGCCUCAGCACAGACUUCUCCUCGCAGAAGGGGGUAAAGGGUGUCCCUCUGAACCUGCAGAUCGACACCUAUGACUGCGGCUCAGGCACCGAGCGCCUGGUGCACCGAGCCAUCUGCCAGAUCAAGAUCUUUUGUGACAAGGGAGCAGAAAGGAAAAUGAGGGAUGAUGAGCGGAAGCAGUUCCGGAGGAAGGUCAAGUGCCCCGACUCCAGCAGCAGUGGCAUCAAGGGCUGCCUGCUGUCUGGCUUCAGGGGCAAUGAGACCACAUACCUGCGGCCUGAGGCUGACCUGGAGACCCCGCCCGUGCUGUUCAUCCCCAACGUGCACUUCUCCGGCCUGCAGCGUCCUGGAGGGGCAGUGCCCUCGGCGGGUCAGAGCAGCUCCAACAGGUUGCCUCUGAAACGCACCUGCUCACCCUUCGCUGAGGACUUUGAGCCUCUGCCCCCCAAAAAGGCCAAGGAAGACGAUCUUCAGAGAGUUCUGUUGUACGUGCGGAGGGAGACUGAGGAAGUGUUUGAUGCUCUCAUGUUGAAGACCCCAGAUCUGAAAGGACUGAGGAAUGCGAUCUCUGAGAAGUAUGGCUUCCCUGAAGAGAACAUUUACAAAGUCUACAAGAAAUGUAAGCGGGGAAUCUUGGUCAACAUGGACAACAACAUCAUUCAGCACUAUAGCAACCACGUCGCCUUUCUGCUGGACAUGGGGGAACUUGAUGGCAAGAUUCAGAUCAUCCUUAAGGAGCUGUGAGGUCCAAGCCUCCACCCCCUCUGAACCCCUGAGGUGGGCCCCAGGCAAGGAGCCGUCUGGGAAGUGGCCCCACACCGCACACAACCUGUCUUUGUGCCUCAGUGCUGUUACUUGAAUGCCCUCCCUGAGGGAAGAGGCCCUCACGUUGCAAACCCACGGAUGCCAAGUCAGGAAGGGACCUGGGGAGUGUCCUGACCUGAACCCCAACUCAUGCUUGAAUCUACGCCGGAUUUCCUGCUGGCACCCGCCCAGCCAGAGUCAGCGCCAUCUUGGCUAACAUCCCCACAGCCUGCCUCCUCCUCAGAAGAGCUUGUCCUUUCAGUCCAUCUCCUGGUUGGCUGUUCAGAUGGUGGAAGCAGACCCUCUUUCCCAGAGCUUCCUUAACUCUUAUCCAGCUUUCAUUCUUGACUCUUCUAUCAACUUCAGACCUUUGGUCAAUUAACUGGAAAACUCUCGAUUUUCAGUGCAAACAAUUUUUAAAUGUUACCAGAGUGGAAACACUCUCUUUCUCAUGGAAUUCCUCGGUAGAAGAUGUAAAUAAUCAAGCUGAUUGAUUGGAACAAAGAGCUGUUCUAAGAAAAACAGCUUCCAUACCUGUUCGCUCAUGUACACAUUUCUUAUUUACGAUUUUCAUUUAUGUUAUAUAUAUAGAAGUAUAUAUUGUAUAUACAUGCAACAUUUUAUAUUUUUCAUGGAUACAUUUUUAUCAUUUCAAAAAAUGUGUAUUACACAUUCUUGGACUAUUUUUUUUUUAGCUGUUAUUCAAUUAUGCAUUUUGUAU